GCUCCGCCCGAGCGCUCUGGCGGCGGCGGCCGGACCGCGUGCUCCGGGGCGGCCUCGCUCCGCUCCGCGGCGGCGGCAUCGCGGGGGCCGGGGGCGGCGGGCUCCGCUCCGCACCCCCCCCACCACCACCACCCCCCCCAGCACCGGCCCGGGCCCCGGCAGGGCCCCCCCCCCCCCCCCCCCCACCCCGGACCGGCGGCACCAUGGCUCGUGGAGUUACGGCGAUACCGGCUGGACGAAGCUAAACGGCCGCCCCCGGCGCGGGGGAGAAGCGGCGGAGGCACCGCUCCUCGCACUUCGCAUGUCCGCGGCGCCCGGGAAGUCGGAUGUGUACGGCCUUCCUCCCCCCCUCCUCCUCCUCCUCUCCUCCAUGGCCGUCGUGCUCCGGCUUCUCGGCCUCUCCCGGAGCGCUCCGUGGCCGGCGGGCAGCAGCUCACACCGCCAUCGCCCCAGCGAGGCACGGCGCGGCGGGCCCCAGUGACCGCGCCCCAGCCCUGCCAUGUACCCCCAGGGCCGGCACCCGGCUCCGCACCAGCCGGGCCAGCCGGGCUUUAAAUUCACCGUAGCCGAAUCUUGCGACCGGAUCAAGGACGAGUUCCAGUUCUUGCAAGCCCAGUACCACAGCCUGAAAGUGGAGUAUGAUAAGCUGGCGAACGAGAAGACAGAAAUGCAGCGCCAUUACGUUAUGUACUAUGAAAUGUCGUAUGGUUUGAAUAUUGAAAUGCACAAACAGACAGAAAUUGCUAAAAGACUGAAUACAAUUUUAGCCCAGAUCAUGCCUUUUCUGUCACAAGAGCACCAACAGCAAGUCGCUCAGGCUGUUGAGCGUGCCAAGCAAGUGACAAUGACGGAGUUGAAUGCUAUCAUCGGGGUACGUGGACUUCCCAAUCUGCCUCUCACCCAGCAGCAGCUCCAGGCCCAGCACCUCUCCCACGCCGCCCACGGGCCCCCGGUCCAGCUGCCGCCGCACCCCUCGGGCCUCCAGCCGCCGGGCAUCCCCCCCGUCACCGGCAGCAGCUCGGGGCUGCUGGCUCUCGGCGCCCUGGGGAGCCAGGCACACCUCGCCGUCAAGGAUGAGAAAAACCAUCACGACCUGGACCACAGAGAGCGAGACUCAAGUGCAAAUAAUUCCGUUUCGCCCUCGGAAAGCCUGAGAGCCAGCGAGAAGCACCGGAGCUCUACAGACUACAGCAUCGACUCCAAGAAGCGGAAAGCAGAGGAGAAGGACAGCAUGAGCCGAUAUGACAGCGAUGGUGACAAGAGCGAUGACCUGGUGGUCGACGUCUCCAACGAGGACCCUGCCACCCCCCGGGUCAGCCCAGCCCACUCCCCCCCGGAGAAUGGCAUAGACAAAGCCCGCGGGCUGAAGAAGGGGGACGCGCCAAACAGCCCGGCCUCAGUCGCCUCCUCCAGCAGCACUCCCUCCUCCAAGACUAAAGACCUGGGCCACAAUGACAAAUCGUCGACGCCCGGGCUCAAGUCAAACACUCCGACGCCGAGGAAUGACGCUCCGACCCCGGGGACGAGCAGCACCCCGGGGCUGCGGCCGAUGCCCAGCAAGCCGACCGGCAUGGACCCCCUGGCCUCGGCCCUGCGGACGCCCAUCUCCAUCGCGGGCUCCUACGCGGCUCCCUUCGCCAUGAUGGGGCACCACGAGAUGAACGGUUCGCUCACCAGCCCCGGCGCCUACGCGGGGCUCCACAACAUCCCCCCGCAGAUGAGCGCCGCCGCCGCCGCCGCCGCCGCCUAUGGCCGGUCGCCAAUGGUGAGCUUUGGAGCUGUUGGUUUUGACCCACACCCACCCAUGAGAGCCCCCGGCCUGCCCUCGAGCCUGGCGUCCAUCCCCGGAGGGAAGCCAGCCUACUCCUUCCACGUGAGCGCCGACGGGCAGAUGCAGCCGGUCCCCUUUCCCCACGACGCCCUGGCGGGUCCCGGCAUCCCGCGGCACGCCCGGCAGAUCAACACGCUGAGCCACGGGGAGGUGGUGUGCGCCGUCACCAUCAGCAACCCCACCAGGCACGUCUACACCGGGGGCAAGGGGUGCGUGAAGAUCUGGGACAUCAGCCAGCCGGGCAGCAAGAGCCCCAUCUCCCAGCUGGACUGCCUGAACAGGGAUAACUACAUUCGCUCCUGCAAACUCCUCCCCGACGGCCGCACGCUGAUCGUGGGAGGGGAGGCGAGCACGCUCACCAUCUGGGACCUGGCUUCCCCCACGCCCCGCAUCAAGGCCGAGCUGACCUCCUCCGCCCCCGCCUGCUACGCCCUGGCCAUCAGCCCCGACGCCAAAGUCUGCUUCUCCUGCUGCAGCGACGGCAACAUCGCCGUGUGGGACCUGCACAACCAGACGCUCGUCAGGCAAUUCCAAGGCCACACAGACGGUGCCAGCUGCAUAGAUAUCUCGCACGACGGUACGAAGUUGUGGACGGGGGGUCUGGACAACACAGUGCGCUCCUGGGACCUGCGGGAAGGGAGGCAGCUCCAGCAGCACGACUUUACCUCCCAGAUCUUCUCGCUGGGGUACUGCCCGACGGGCGAGUGGCUGGCAGUGGGCAUGGAGAGCAGCAACGUGGAAGUGCUGCACCACACGAAACCCGACAAGUACCAGCUGCACCUCCACGAGAGCUGCGUCCUCUCCCUCAAGUUUGCCUACUGCGGUAAAUGGUUUGUGAGUACUGGAAAAGACAACCUGCUCAACGCCUGGAGGACGCCCUACGGAGCGAGCAUCUUCCAGUCCAAGGAAUCCUCGUCCGUCUUAAGUUGUGACAUUUCAGCGGAUGACAAGUACAUCGUCACGGGCUCUGGUGACAAGAAGGCCACAGUCUACGAGGUCAUCUACUAACCCCGGAUUUUAUAGCAGGGCUGGCAACUCCCGGCACCGGCGGUGGCAGGACUCGGGUGGCCGCCGAGGAGCGGCCGGGGGCUCGGGGGGGGCUGCCGCGGGGCGGCCCCCGGGGCUCGGCCACGGACCGGCACGCUCCGGCGCGGCUCUGCCUCGAGGGCCCGGCGUACAAUACACACGGAUUUAUUUGGAGGUCUGCAAAUAUGGCACACAUUGAAGCCCUAAAUGAAUUUUUUUUUUUUUUUGUUGGUUGGUUUUAGGGUUUUGGGUUUUAUUUUGAAAAAAAAACAAACAACAAAACAACCUUUUUUUUUUUUUUUCCUGGUUUUCUGGUUCUUUCCAUCUGCGCUUUGGUGGCACUAUAAAGGACUUAUUUUUUAUUGUGACUUUUUUUUUUUUUUGUGCAUCCUGCAUAAGACUUGUGAAAAAUGUAAAUAAUGGACUAGUAAAUAGCAUUGGAAGGGUGGGGGACCCCUCCCGGUACACUAGUUGUGUAUUUUUCGUCUGCUGUAAUUGUAUUCCACUGAUGGUUUUGGUGGUGGCAAUUUUUUUUUUUUAUUUUUUUUUUCCCUCCCCCUCCCCGAAGCGUCCGUGGGGACGCGCCUUUGCCGUGCAGCGCGUAACCAGGCUGAGCAAAGAUGUCCACUGGUGAAAGUUGUUCCUACUGUCGUACCCGUGCGUUGUUCGGUGUGUUAGUGAUGGUGGGACGCUGCUGGGACCGCGGGGGACUCGGUCGGAUCCUCAGCUACUGACGGGACAUCAGCAACACAAUCACCUUUUUUUAUAUAUGGAUUUUCUUUUUUUUUUUUUUUUGGUUUUUUUUUUGUUUUGUUUUUUUUUGUGCUCGUAUGUUUGAAGAAAAGGGGAAGCCCAUGCUGCGGGAUCGUCUGCGCAAGCCCUUCUUGGUCUUCGGACAGAAGCAAUGAGGAGUGAUUUCAAAGAAAGCAUAGUAAAUUCAGCUCAGGGAGCCACGAAAGAUAAUAGCAACUUAUGUGUUUUGUAUUCAAAUGAAAGUAAAGAAUUAGAAUUGAUAACCUUUAAAAUACAGUUUUUUUAAAAGCAAAGUUUACUAACAAGUAGGGUUUGUGUGUGGUGGGGGGAAGGGGCUGGCUUUGGUAGGGUCCUGUGGGCUAUAUGGUCUCGUGUCUUCUGGUAUAUAGGUUCCGAUGAAGCAAACCCCCUCCCCGCACAGGCUGCGUUUCAGCGUUUUGUACUAAAGGGGUUUAAAAAAAAAAAAAAAAAAAAAAAAGACAUAACGGGAAAUAAAAGUAUUUGUGUAGCAGAAGCGCUCACCCUGUAUUGUAGCAUAUGGAAGAGAAUUUUUAUACUGCA